UUGUAGUUUUAAGAAAAAUUAAUAGAUAAGUAUCCUUGGAAUAAAAAUUUAAAAUGGCAGGAGACACUGAACAGCUUCUAAAGGCUCUAGAAAAAAUGGAAGAAAAAAUUACAAAAAACAUUAACAACAAUAUUGAUCAAAAAUUUGAACGGCUUACUAAAGAACUCCAAGAUAUAAAACUUACAAAUAAAGACCAGGAGAAAAGAAUAUCUUUGAUAGAAAGACAACUAAGGGAGAAGAACCUUAUAUUUUUUGGAGUACCUGAAGGAGAAAAAAGUUAUGAAGAGCUAGAAAUCAAAAUAGUAGGUAUCAUUAAUAAGAAAAUGGAAAUAGAAUGCAGUUCUAGAGAUAUUGAAGCUGUCCAGAGAAUCGGAAAGAAGGAAAUAGACAAGAUAAGACCAGUAAAUAUUACCUUUGUAAGACUAGGAACAAAAAUAAAAAUUUUAAAACUCAAAAAGUCCCUAGAGAGUUCCAGUAUAUACAUAAAACACGAUUACCCGCAGAAAGUGUUGGAAAUCAGAAAAACCUUAAAAGAGCAAGUAAGAAUAGAAAGAGAGCGAGGAAAUAAAGCAGUCAUUAAAUACGACAAAAUUAUUGUAACGAAAAACACCGAAAGCUCUAAAAAUAAACCAAAUUUUGGUCAGAAACGACCGCUAAACAUCACUCCACCACAGACAAAAAAUACGGAAGAGAGUCGAAACGAGCUUAUUCCUAACGCUGAUAUGCAAACAAAUAAAAAAAAUAAAACAAUGUCCUACGGAAUACGCCAGUAUACACAAAACAGAAAUAAAGAUAAUACGACACCAGAAAAUCAAUAGCAACUAAUUCAAAGACCAAAGCCAAAAAACACGAGCAGCAUAGAAAAUAGCACAACUAUAAA